GGCGGGGACACCCCAGCGGAAAGGCCCGCCGCCAUCUUGGAUCGCGGGUGCCUGUGAGGGAAGAGGAGGGGCGGCGGCGACGAAAGAGGGAAGAAGAAGGAGAAGGAAGAGGAGGAGGAGGAGGAGACCCCGCCGCCGCCCACCGCCCGCCGCUCCCUGCGCCUUCCGCGGCUCCCGCUGCUGUGGCCGCCGCUGCCUCCCCAGCCAAGCUGCCCAGUCACCAGCCCCUCGAGCCCAGUGCCACAAUGGCAACUGCACCUUACAACUAUUCCUACAUUUUUAAAUACAUCAUUAUCGGCGAUAUGGGUGUAGGAAAAUCGUGCUUACUCCAUCAGUUUACAGAAAAGAAGUUUAUGGCAGAUUGUCCCCAUACAAUUGGAGUCGAGUUCGGUACCAGGAUAAUUGAAGUUAGCGGCCAGAAAAUUAAGCUGCAGAUCUGGGAUACGGCGGGACAAGAGAGAUUCAGAGCUGUCACACGGAGCUACUACAGAGGCGCCGCAGGAGCCCUUAUGGUUUAUGACAUCACUAGAAGAAGUACGUAUAACCAUUUAAGCAGCUGGCUGACGGACGCAAGGAAUCUAACUAACCCAAAUACUGUGAUCAUCCUUAUAGGAAACAAAGCAGAUCUGGAAGCCCAGAGAGAUGUGACAUAUGAGGAAGCCAAACAAUUUGCUGAAGAGAAUGGCUUGCUGUUUCUUGAAGCGAGUGCAAAAACAGGCGAGAACGUGGAAGACGCGUUCCUAGAAGCCGCCAAGAAAAUCUACCAGAAUAUCCAAGACGGGAGCCUGGAUCUGAACGCGGCCGAGUCAGGGGUACAGCACAAGCCUUCAGCUCCACAGGGCGGCCGGCUAACCAGCGAACCCCAGCCCCAAAGAGAAGGCUGUGGCUGCUAGUGACCUCGGUUCCCUGGCUCUGUUUGUGACCUUUCACCUCUGUCAAGAGCAGUGCUUUUUUGGGGGGGCUGCUUCCGUUUUCCUCUGCACAUCUUACCAGGUUUAAUUAAAACUCCCGAGGCGCAAGAGUUUAACACAGUACUAAACUGCUAAAGAGUAAAAUAAAGAGAAAAAAACUUAGAUGUAAUCAGGUUAUCAAAGGCAAGUAGAGUCAUCCCCCAUCCCUGCAUGGUAAAUCUAGGCGUCUUUAUUCCCCCCCCCUCCUCUCCCCUCCCCAUAAUCGAUUGUCCUUGUGAAUAGAUGUCACCGAUUCAUGAUUUACAAAACAGAGCUCUGAAUGCUGGACCUCAUGAUUUUCUCUCUCUCUCUCUCUCCCCCCCACCUCUUUUUCUCUCUCUCUCUCUCUGUUUCUCGUAAAGUUUAACUUUGUUAGCUUCUGCUUUUCUCUCCCGAUCUGUAACUGGUCUGUCCUUUUUAGUAACAAAAAAAAAGGGAAAAAAAAAGGAUAAAAAAGAU